GGCGGUUGAAAGUUUUGUUGUGUGGAGUAAGAGACUUGACUGCCGACCUUAAAGAUUUAACGAAUUUGAUCUUUUACAAGAAGAAACUUCGAAUCAGUUGAACCCACUGCAAAUUCCAUGAAUUGCCCAAUCUAGAACGAUGUUUGAAGACUUUUUAUGCUUCUUACUCCUGUCGCAGACAUCUCCACUAAAUGGCACUGGUACCGAAACGAGCACCGACAAUGACGGUACGCAUGAUUUUUUUGGCCGCCGCGGAGGGCACCGCAGACACCACGAUCAUUCAGUUUUGUCAAGACAUUGGAUAUUAAUCAACCAUUGCGUUAACAGUAUAAAUGCUCUCAGUACAAGUGCUCUCAAGGCUAUGUUCACGCUUCAGCGUGUAGUGGCAGCUUAUUACAAGUCCAACUUCAUAAUGGAUCUAGACCACGAUGGUACAACCGAAGAAAAAUACGUUGCAUGCAGUCCGUUCGCUGUGGCUCAUUAUCAAUACAAUCAAUGCUUCUCAUCUACUGUGGCAUGCCUUAUAAAAUGACCAAAUACAGCUUGCACAGAUCAUUAAUAAGAUGAUAACAGACUAUCACGAAGCGAAUCAACAUUGCCAUGACAACAGAGAAUCUAAUCGUUCCUUCUUUACAAACGCGACAACUCCGUCCAUGCUGCGGGUAUUAUUGAACCGCAAGAAGUGGCAAAAUUGGCGCAUUAGCUGAUCGUGAGAUGGGUCGUAGAUGUAUCAUAAGUUGGCUUCAGCAAAUUGAGCGUAAUACAUCCAAAUCGUGCUGUCGUGGAAGUUGUGGCUCAUAGACGACUGAAUAUUCUAGUGCACGGUAGAAAAAUUCCAUAAAGACGAAUGUUGCUUUUCAUACUAAAUUUACAAGUUUAACUGGUG